UCCAUUCCAUUCCACUCUCUCUUCCGACCAAUCUUUGCGCUAUCAAAAAUGGCUCUCGAGGUUGCUGCCAAGGCUGCUGUAGGUGCCCCUGAACUUCUUGGGGACUGUCCUUUCACCCAAAGGGUUCUUCUCACUUUGGAGGAGAAGAAAGUGCCCUACAAGCUCCACCUCAUCAACUUGGCUGACAAGCCCCAAUGGUUUACAGAGGCGAAUCCGGAGGGGAAGGUGCCUGUGGUGAAGUUUGAUGACAAAUGGGUCUCUGAUUCUGAUGUUCUUGUUGGGAUUCUUGAGGAGAAAUACCCUGAACCUUGCCUCCAAACACCUCCUGAAUUUGCUUCAGUGGGGUCAAAGAUUUUUGGGUCAUUUGUGACAUUUCUCAAGAGCAAGGAUCCCAGUGAUGGGUCAGAACAGGCUUUGCUUAAUGAACUGAAGGCAUUGGAUGACCAUCUCAAGGCACAUGGUCCAUACAUUGCUGGAGAGAAGGUCACUGCUGUUGAUCUGAGCUUGGGACCAAAAUUGUACCAUUUGAAGGUGGCUCUUAGUCAUUUCAAGAGGUGGACUGUCCCUAAAAGUUUGAGCAAUUACCACAAGUACACUGAGUUGUUGUUCUCAAGGGAAUCUUUUAAGAAGACCAUUGCCGAAGAUAAAUACAUAUUUGCAGGAUGGGAGCCGAAAGUCAACCCCAAAUAAGUCUAGAUUGUAAGGUCUGCUGAAGUUUAUUUAUGCCAUGUAAUGUGUGAGACUUUGAGCUAUGGAUGUCAACUGAUAACUAAACUAGACUUUCUUCCUAUGUCGAAUAAAUGUAUCAAGUCUUUAUCACCCAGCUAUGCUAUUAUGGUAAUUAUCGGUAACACAGUAAAAUUUCUGGAUGUGUACUCGGAUC